AUGAAUGUAUUUUUGCAGAUGGCUUUGUUGUUCUGUUCACUUCUGCUUUCCAGCGACACUUUAUUGUUAAAGAAGCCGUCGGCGGCGUUUCAGCCACAUUCGUCGUCAUCGUCACAAACGGAAUUCGCUGUGCAAAUCUCCGUCAAAAACCAUCAAACACAGGGAUGCCUUGUUUAUUUCAGUACAGCUUUAUUCGUAUUAGCGCGGCAGUCAUCGUUUAUGAUGGGUUUUGUUGAAUGGUUACGCAUCGAUGCGCUGCCAUCCUCUUUGACAGUGUUGAUGCUUGCACAGAAUUUUAAAAUUCUUCAAGGAUCUGUGCAACGUCCGUUUAUCCAUUGGAAUGACCCGAAAGCCGUAAAGUUGUGCGGGAGCAGCGAUCGUCUGAUGAUGCGGCUGUCACAGUUAUCGUCAUCAUGGGAAUGGUUGCUACUCGCAGAAUCUUCUGUUACACUGGUUUGGAGUACCAUUGCGCAUAUCAUCCUGCUAGAGACUUUCCGGUACAGCUUAAUUCUUCUUGUGAAGAGUAUCGAAAGCAAAAGAUUUGGCCAACUUCCAGUGCAUAAAGCGCCAAGUCGACUGUGCCGCUUCCUGAAAUCAACUUGUUUAUCCCUUUUGUUUUGCCAGAAAGCACUGCUGCUGAGUUGGUUGACUCAGAAGAAGGUCAGAAUUUAA